CAUUAAAGAGGCUGGUCCACGCGUCACUCACACACACACACCAUCACUUGUGCGUGUUGGUGUCACUACGUGAAGACAGCUGCUGCACUGCACGCGUUCGUAGACACACGCAGAUGCGGAAACGUGAUAUGACGUUUGGAAAGCGGUGCGCGCGGUAAAAAAUUAAAAACUGUGCGUUCGUGUGAUGAUUUGACUGGUUUUGCGGACUGCCGUCGCUGCUGUUUGGAGUGAGUCCAGGGAUGCUGCGGCUUGUCUCGCUGCCGGAGUGCCGCCGCCGCCGCGGCACACUCCGCAGUCGCUAAACGCGGGAGCGGCGCGGGUCAGUCUUUCCAUCCCAUCCCAUCCCAGCCCGGGGGCUGCGACAUGGGGAACAGCUUCUCCAACCUGGGCGCCUUCCAGUCCUUGCACAUAGUCAUGCUCGGCUUGGACUCCGCGGGCAAAACCACCGUGCUGUACCGCCUGAAAUUCAACGAGUUCGUCAACACGGUGCCCACCAUCGGCUUCAACACGGAGCGGAUCCGGCUGGGCGGCGCGGGGGCGUCGCGCGGCAUCAGCUGCCACUUCUGGGACGUCGGCGGCCAGGAGAAGCUGCGGCCCCUGUGGAAGCCAUACAGCCGCUGCACGGACGGCAUCGUGUACGUGGUGGACUCCGUGGACGCCGAGAGGCUGGAGGAGGCCCGCGCCGAGCUGCACAAGAUCACGCGCUUCUCGGAGAACCAGGGCACGCCGCUGCUCGUCGUGGCCAACAAGCAGGACCUGCCGCGGGCGCUGGACGUCGCGGAGAUCGAGCGGCAGCUGGCCCUGGCCGAGCUGAGCCCGUCCACGCCGUACCACGUCCAGCCCGCGUGCGCCAUCAUCGGAGAGGGGCUGCACGAGGGCAUGGACAAGCUGUACGAGAUGAUAGUGAAGAGGAGGAAGUCGCUGAAGCAGAAGAAGAAGAGGCAGUGAUGGCAGAUUUUCUUUUUUUUUUUUUUCUUUUUAGAAAUAUCUAGAACUUUGCAGUGAUUGG